CUAAAGUCUGGGUCAAGUCCGUUCAUGUCCCCCCGUCCUCUCCGGCGCUUGUUGAGCUUCUCAACAUUGAUAAAAUAUCUCGUGAUUUUCAUCCAGACACCGCUUGUUCUCAUCUUCCAUUUCAUCCACUCACUAGCUCACCACUUAUUUUGAAAGAACAACCAGCAGUUGAGCCUCACUUGACGACAUACCGAUCCAAUGCCACCUCCACCGCCUCCCGCGACCCGGACCAUGUCUCCGCCAACAAGGCGCCCCGGUGAUCGCGACCAAAUGUAUAAUCCGCGCCAGUCGGAUGCCAGCUUGCCAUAUCGAUCAGACAACGAUACGGUUACCAUCCAGAAGCCCAAUGGCUCCGAAACCACUUUCAAGCUUCCUCCGUCCAACCUCAAGGACCUGCCGUACCGACCCGCUCCCAAUGGCACCUCGGAUCCCAAGAGACGGCCAUCCGACCCAGCCUACCGCCCCGGUGACCGUGAUCGUGAACCGCAACCACAACGAAGAGCCACCUCCCCAGCACCGGGGACAAUUCCGCCAGCCCCAGUAUCUCCCACUUCCAAGCCGUCCUAUGUCCCCGGUCACUCCCCGCCAGGCUCACGGAACCCUUCCUAUGGCAACUACAACCCACCAGCAGGCCCCAAUGGUCCCGACGGCAUGCCGGGUGGCUUUCCCACCGGCGGCCGUAUCAAAGUGGAAACUCCUCCUUUGGAUCCUCUCGACCCGCGCUCGCCUUCGUUUGCCCGCCGUCCACCUCCCGGUCCUGCUCCCAUCAACGGCGGCAUGGACGGCGACCACAAUGGCUCUUUGAACGCCAUCGGCGGUGGCAGCCGCCGUCCCGACGUAGUCGAAUCCAUGCCCGGUCCCGCGGCCUCCCUUCCCUCCAACAAGGAUGAUCGCGACCGGUUUGAUCGCGAUCGGACUCGUCCCAGCACCAAUAAUCCCCGUUACGGCUCCGAACGUCCCCCAAGCCCAGGUUACACCAAACCACUCCGCCCUCUCCCUCCCCGCAACAGCAGCAGCACCGGCAACAGCGACUAUGGCGUUCCCAACAGCAGCAGCAGACCAAACGGCAGUACCACCGUCAACAAACCCAACCCAUCCAACCCAGGGGCAACCAACCCGACGACCCGUCCCUCCAUCGGCCCGGGCCGCCACGGCUCCAUCAUCGAAAUGAUGCCCGGCCCCGCCGCGCACUCCCCUCCUCCUCUUGGUCACAGCCACAGCCACGGCCACACCCAUCCCUCCCUUUCCAAACCCAGCAAAACCGCCGCAAAGCUCUCCGAACUCGAAGAAGGUCUACUCUACGGCGACACGGAGCUAUACCCACCGCAAAUGGAACUGGGCGACUACCGGCAAGCAACCGAGUGUUCGUUGAGGGAGUACAUGGCUUUGCAGCGCAAGCGGCGACAAAUCAGCUAUAAGAUUGCGGCGGGCAACAGCGGCAAGGAGGCGGUGUUAAUCGAAGAGAAGCUGAGACAUCAGGCCAGCACGGCGAUCGAUGAGUUGAUUGAGUUGCGCGGAAGGGUGGCGGAGAUAGUGAGGAGGGGGGAGAAGGCGAGGUGGAGGCGGUAUUUGUGGAGUGGGGCUUUCGCAAUCUUCAUCCCCCUAGUAAAAUCUUUCUUCCGCCCUUCCACCGUCGACAAAGGCGCGCAUGCUCGCGAUCACGCCAGAAACAGAACCGAAUACGCCUUCCGGAAAUCCAAGUCCUUGCUCAACCGGAUCCUCUCGCAAGCUCGGCGUCCCGGACUGGCCAGUUUGAGUUUCCUGGUUUUCGCCGUGUUGUACGUCUUCACGAACGAGGUGUCGUUGAGGGCGGCGAGGACGGUGAGCAGACGCCUGAAGAGGUUGACGGCCAAGGUGGAGAGGGGACGGGAGUUGGGCGAGGAGGACUUGAGGGGGUUGAAGGGGUGGCGGUGGGGGAUUUUGGAGUUGACUGCUUAAUGGGAUAGGGUUGUGGUUAGAAGAUGGGGAUGGGGAUGAAAGUUGGAGAUGUGGGAUACGGGAUGGUAAUGUGGGAGAAAAGGGAGGAGUGAAGGAAGAGAUGAUAUCGAUGAUUAAUGACUGGUAAUGACGGAGUUGUUGGGCGUUUAGAUGAUUUUUCUUUCUUUCUUGGACUAAUGAUGAGAUUUUGGAGAGGAGGAGGAGGAAGGGCAGGUUGGAAAGAAGAGAUGGUUGGCAAUUUGUUGGUUCCCGUCCAUGUUUGCUGUUUUCAUACCCUCGCUUAUACCAUUUCUGAAUUCUAAUUUGUAUGUAGGAAGUAAUAUUGAGGUAGAUUGACCCCUGAACUUAGUAGGCUGCGAUACAAUACCCAUUGAAGAGUCA